GAAUUCUACCACCAUCGCCGCCGCCGCCGCCGCCCCCACCCCCCUCAGGUCAAGCCCAAGAAGAAGAGAAACCCACCCGGAAACCCCGAUCCGGACGCGGAGGUAAUCGCGUUGUCGCCCAAAACCCUAAUGACGGCGAACAGGUUCGUGUGCGAGAUUUGCAACAAGGGUUUCCAAAGGGAUCAGAAUCUUCAACUGCACAGGAAGGGCCACAAUCUGCCGUGGAAGCUGAAGCAGCGGAGCACGAAGGAGGCUCGCAAGAGGGCGUAUGUCUGCCCGGAGCCUUCGUGCCUCUACCACCACCCUUCCCGUGCGCUGGGGGACCUCACGGGGAUCAAGAAGCACUACUGCCGGAAGCACAGCGAGAAGAAAUGGAAAUGCGAGAAGUGCUCGAAGAUCUACGCCGUGCAGUCGGAUUGGAAAGCUCACUCGAAGAACUGCGGGACUCGAGAGUAUCGAUGCGACUGUGGAACCCUCUUCUCCAGGAAGGAUAGCUUCAUCACCCACAGGGCAUUUUGUGAUGCUUUGGCUGAGGAAAGUGCAAGGCUCUCUGCUGUCACAAACUCAAUCUUGGACCCAAACUCAAUCUUGGCUCCAAACCCUGACUUCGCCCUGGCCCCGGCCCCCGUCCCCGCCCCGGCCCCUGCCCCUGCCGCCACCCAACCCUACCUCUUCACCCCGCCAAACGUCCUCUCCUUCUCCUCGGGACACCACCGCCAAUUCGGCCAGGCGUGGGGGCCUCAACCCCCCCAAAUGAAUCUCUCCCGUGCAGAGCAAACCCUAGCACCCCAACUCUACCAAGGCAUGGGGAGUGUGGCGGGGGCCGCGAUGUCGGCCACCGCGCUCCUCCAGAGGGCGGCCGCGGUGGGGCCCGCCCACGUGGGGUCCUCCUCCUCCAGCAUGGCAGGUCUGGAGAUGGCGUGGCAGAGGGGCGGCGGCGGUGGCGGUGGCGGCGACGUGCUGACCAGGGACUUCCUCGGGCUGACCGGCGGAGCAAGCAGCAGCGGCGGAGGGGGAGGCGGCGGGAGGGAGGAGCUGCUGCCACUGGUGAAGCUGUCGGCGUUUGAGAGGGAUCACAGCUAUGUGAUGAGGCAGCAUGGCUUUGGGUUCGGUGGGUGGGGAAAUUGCUAGAGAGAGAGAGAGGGGAAAUUGCUUUAUUUAGCAGUACUACAACAACACAAGGCAAAAGAACAACAAAACAAUGGUUUUUUAUUUAUGUUUUAUUUCGUUUUUGGUUUUUGCUUGGACGACGUUUUUGGAUUAUCUAUAAGUGAGAAUAAUGAAUUAUAUGCGGGUUUAAUAA